AUGCCAGAUAUUUACAAAGCGCCCGAGGUUAUUUUGCAUAUGAAGUGGGACUACAAAGUCGAUGUUUGGAGCUUUGGUAUGAUGGUCUGGCAUAUGGUGACCGGGUCCCCGUUGUUCAAUGGUCGGAGCCCUGAUAAUACUUUUCAAGAUGAUAGAGUUCAUCUUGCGGAAAUGACAGCGAUUAUGGGUCCUCCACCAGCAGAGCUCAUUAAGAGAUCUGGGAUGUCUCGCGCUGUUUGGAAUGACGACGGAAGUUGGAAAGGUGUCGUACCGCUACCUGAGAUCACUCUAGAAGGCCUCGGUGAGGGCAUCACUGGAGAGGACAGAGACGAGUUUUUCGGUGGUUUAGGCGUAUACUGUGCUGGAUCCCAGAGGAGAGAGCAACUACUACGGAACUUCUAUUUGACCCAUGGCUGA